AUGGAUUUUUCACACCAUUUCUCAGAUGAGAACAUCCCAUUUGGCAUCGCGUCGUCUGCCAAGCAUCAGGACCCUCAAGCUGUUACCAGGCUAGGGAACACUGUGCUAUUCCUCGACGACCUACAGGACAAUGGACUCUUUGGUAAUCUACCAAAGGGGGUCUUUAGACAAGGCACACUAAACGAAUUCGCUGCGCUCCCGAGAUCCAAGUCGGUGGAGGUUCGCCAGACAAUCCAAGACGUGUUCCAUCAAGAUGGGGUGGGAGGGUUCCCCUCUACGGCACAAGAGGAUGUAUCCUCGGUGAAAAUGCAUCUGCCUGUCGAAAUAAAGGACUUUUCAGACUUCUCCUGCUCUCUUGAACACGUAACAAAUGCAGGGCGCAUAGUCGUUGGCAGCACGAAGCCGCCCCCUUCAUUCUUCAAGUUUCCUAUUGGGUACCAAGGGCGCACGAGUUCCAUCGUGGUUUCUGGGACCGACAUUGAGCGUCCUAUGGGACAGUUCCGGGACAAGUCUGUCACGGAUCCCCUCAGCGAGAAGGCCAUCAUUUAUGGGCCUUCGAAGCAGGUUGACUACGAAGUUGAGCUGGCGGCGAUUGUCGGAAAGCCGCUGCCUAUGAGGCAGAGACUUAACGCUGAGGAUGCUGAGGAGCACAUUUUUGGUUUCGUUAUACUCAAUGAUUGGAGUUCCCGUGAUAUCCAAGGGUUUGAAAUGAAUCCUCUGGGACCAUUCAAUGGAAAGAGUCUCGGAACUUCUAUAUCUCCAUGGGUAAUCACACUCGAAGCCUUGAAACGUUUCAAAACCGGCAGUUGUCCUCAGCAGGAUUCGCUGCCUUCGUAUCUCCGAAACUCUAAGCCUUCAACUUACUCCAUCACAAUGGAAGUCGAGAUCCUCACCGGAUCGACCGCCACAAAGAUUGGUGUCUGUCCUGUAGACUCCCUGUACUGGAGCCCGCCUCAGCUUCUCGCACAUGCCGUGAGCUCUGGUAGCGCGCUCCGGACCGGCGACAUCUUGGCAACAGGCACAGUCAGUGGCUCCAUUGAUGGGAGUCGUGGCUGCUUGCUUGAGACGACUGAAGGUGGUACGAAGCCUGUAGCUCUAAGUGAUGGGUCACAGCGUACAUAUCUCGAAGAUGGCGACGUUGUGCGGAUUAGCGCGGUAGCAGGAGAGGCUUCCUCAGGGGUUGGAUUUGGUGAAUGUAUCGGCCGAUUAACACCAAGCCGCUCGCUUUAG